AAAAGAACGCUUUUCAUGGUAUAAGUGCCAAUGUUUAGGCGUGGGUUGGUCACAUAGCCUGCCCUGUCUGCAUGGUUGGGUACCUUGACUGCCAUGAAGAGAUGAAUUGAGAGAGGGCGGUCCCUGCGACGUACGACUCGCGGACGAGGAACGCUUGACCAGCGGUGGGCGGCUCAGUGGAGACAAAAAGUCCUUGGUGUCGACUUCAGGAUCGAUGCACUCCUGAUAUUCGAUCUGGACGGAAUUUACACUCCACAAAAAGCUGGCUUCCAGAGUUGAUUCACCGUAGCUGAUAAUAUCCAAUUCUGGAAACACAGCACAACCAGAGCGCGGGUUUGGCCGCAGAAAUGCGAGCAUGGAGAUUCAAAGUAUCAGCGUUUUCUUUUUCUUUUGCUCAAAAAGCUCCGGCUCGAGUGUCCAACAGUCCGGGCUAGACAACGGAUAAAAGCUUGGAGCCCAAGCCACCAACUGACGGUCGUCGCAAGCUAUCGCACCGCAUCGCAUCGCACCGCAUCGCACCGCUUCGAAAGCACAUUUUUGAGACACUUAUACCAGCAUAUCUUUCAUUCUCACAACAUUAACUGCACCUUGGGGAGGAACUAUCUUGUUUAUUAACCUACCACCCGACUAGCGCGACCGGGGGGUCCUUCUGUGUCUCUCAAUCUUUUUAUCUUUGUCUCUUGUCAUGAUUUCUGGUGCAGACAUUCUGACAGUUUGAACGCCGGGAUCUCUUCACAUCACUACGCCUCUUUACCAAAUAGCAAAGUGGUGUAGUGCCUGCUCCAGCUUGCCCAUCCCAACGACUGCAAAUUACGCCCUGAGGCAGACGAAGUCAUCGGCUCCUCUAGACAUCUGAGACAAACCUCAAAAAUUCAUUACAGACAACCACUCCCAGGAAAGGCAACCCCACUUUGGUCAAGUGUGGUGGACAAAGCUCUGUCUGGUGUUGUUACUGAGCAAAAUUCCCCCUUUUUGUUUUAUCUCCCUUCUAUAUCCCUUGUAUCUGUCUACUUGUGUCUACCAGCCAGGCACCUACCACGGCGGCCAGCCCCGGAAUAUCGGACUUUGCCGUCUUUCGGCCGGAACAACCGGAUGGAGUUGUCCGGAAGCUCCCUCAGCUAAAGGCUACGAAACAAAAGUCAUUGAUGCUGCCAAUCAAUGUGAAAGGGAAAGCGGUCCACACUUGACCAAGUUGUUCCAAACAAGGGACCUUGAGAGAUAUCUACCUAGGUCAUAGGUAGCUGCCUAUAUAGAAUCAGACGCAGGGUGAAUAAGCCAAGAAAUCCACACGAAGCACUUCCUGGGAGAAUAUACGCCUCGCAGGAAAGCAUCAAUCAAGUGUUCGCUCGCUCGCCGUCGUCUUAUUCGCACUCGCCGGGCUACACGACCGACAGACUCGUCGCAUCGCAUCGCCUCGCAUCGCGCGACCACAUCAAAUCGAACGACCACAGCAAACGCCCAGCCCAGCCCAGCCCAGUUGGGCAACACUCAGCUAAUCAACGCCUGCCAUCAGAUCAGAAUCCUUCACUCCACCUUGCCUUUCUCUCUGAUCAAAUUCCUCUCCCUUUAUUCAAACCCGCACAAUUACAUUAAACUUGCUAGCGCUUCGCAUCUGCACGUGAGCCAUCAAAUCCUACGACAGCUACCAGGGGAGACUCGUUAUCUGGAUAUUACCCACCACAUCGGACGUGCUUUGUACGUUUUGGUGCUCGCUUUGGGCUCAAGCUGACCGCUGUCGGGCGCCGUCUUGGCAGCAAAGUUGAGUCGCCGUCUCCAUCUUCCACGUGUGUGGACGGGGACGUUUAGAGGCAGCACUACUGCAACGAUGCGCUGCGGCCUUGGCAUCUCUGUCGACGACUCCCACCGAUUGAACACAGUACUCGCCCAUUAUUGGAGCCCCAAAAGGCAGUUGCAGCCCAUCCUGUUCAGGCCUUUCCGCACCCGUCAAACCCCGCAACGCUGGAGCUGGGCCGUGCCCCAUAACUUUACUUGACCUAACCUGGCACCAGUGCAGUGUGCAGGCCGAGAAUACCGCAAGGUAGAUUUUAGGCGUCGGAAAAAAAAAAAAAGGUUCAACACAACUUUCGUCGCAAAUGUUCGCUUCCAUGUCUCCGCCGAAUCCCAGGAAGCGGGCGGCCCCAGGCGCAAUACCUGCAGUUCAAAUCCCGACGACCGUGCAGCAGUACCAAUCGCCCUACGCCACCCCACUGGAUCAGGUUUCACGCUGGAACGGCGCCGAAGUCUAUGCUACUGACCCGAUCACCCCGGGCCCCAAGAACAUCCCGCAAUUCAACAUGACCGAGCCGCACUCCUCAUAUCCCAACGCAACCACCCAUCAGUCAUACCAGCACCAGGCCAUCGCGACGCCUGGGCCGACAAAUGCAAUCGCCCGAAGACCUGCCGGUUCAAGCCGCGCCCUCGUUACCCGCCAGCAGUACGAUGGCCUCUCGACAGAACCGUGGCCCUCAUUCAGCGACGAGACCGCGCUGAUGCCUGCCAGUGGCGUCGUUAACCCCCUCGACGAGAACGAUAACAUCGCGCUGCUGGAGGAGCGGGCUGCGAGGGCGAAGAGAGAUGCUCAGGCCAACAGGAAACAGAUCCCACCAUUUGUUCAGAAACUUGGCAGCUUCCUCAACGAAGAGAAGAAUACGGACCUAAUCCGAUGGUCGCAGAAGGGAGACUCGUUCAUAGUCUUGGACGAGGAUGAGUUCGCCAAGACUCUUAUUCCCGAGCUUUUCAAGCACAACAACUACGCCUCGUUCGUCAGGCAGCUCAACAUGUACGGCUUCCACAAGCGCGUGGGUCUCUCAGACAAUUCGAUGAAGGCGAGCGAACGAAAGAACAAGAGCCCGAGCGAGUAUUACAACCCAUACUUUCAGCGCGGCCACCCUAAUCUUCUUUGGCUUAUCAACAAGCCCAAGAGUGGCAACUCCAAGAAGAGGAGUGCCAAGAACAACGACGGGGCAGAGGUCGAGAGUGACGAGGAUGCAACACCCACCGUCGAGGACAUCAAUGGCGCUGGUUACGUGGGGGCUGCGCAGAACUCGUCGAGGAGCGGAGGCCCCGCGCAGGGCGACCCGGGAUCGCAGGCGUUGCAGAAGAAGGACUUUCAAGUGGUCAAGGAUCAACUGAACCAGUUACAAACUCAGCAGAGGGCAAUAUCAAAUAUGAUACAAAGGCUCCGUAGCGAUCACACGGCACUGUACAAUCAGGCGCUGGCAUUCCAGAAUAUGCAUGAGCGCCACGAAAACUCCAUCAACGCAAUUCUCAACUUCCUCGCCAAUGUUUUUCGCAAGUCACUAGAGGAACAAGGUGGCAAUAGUAACCACACGAUGCAGGACCUGCUGGCCAGCAUCAUACCUAAUGGCGGGAGUGGCAGCCAGAUGCAUAAAGGUAGCGUCGUGGACUUGGGGGAUUUUGUACAGCAGCAGUCAGUUGAUCACUCCAACGUUGCUGACAACACUCCCAAGCGGGGUCAGCGUUUGUUGCUUCCGUCUCGUGGCGGCAGGGCUUCAGCUACUUCUACGGCGGCCAAGUCGCCCUCGGCAAGCUAUGCAACAUCGCCUCGGGGUCAGAUGGGAUCCGUCACCGAGCUGUUUGACAACUCACCGAACGAGGUCACAUCACCACCCGACUACCUCAGCAACGAUUUGAGGCAAAGCCCCCAGCAGAUGAUGCGGAUUAUCGAUGCCACCAAUGCAGCUGGGGCAACUGCCGACAUUGACCUCCCUGACAUUGCAGCCAAGACGCCAGUCACUCUCAGCAGCGACCAACGCAACCAGAUGUUAAAUCUGAUGGCCAGCCAGGCCACCGCGCCGCAGUCUACUUCGUCUAUCCCUGCCACUGCAAGCCCACUGCCAGCAACGACUACCGCUACAUCACCCCAACCUAUCCCUGCCAUGCAGCAGCGACAGCAACAGCACAGAGCAACUCCACCGCCUGUCCCAGCUCAGGCAGCAUCCGGAAUGGUUUCAUCACCUGUCAACUCAGCCCUUGGAGCCUCUCCACCCAGGUCACUCUCGCCCCUUAUGUCCUCCAUGCCUCCCCCGCCGUCUCUCCAUGAUAUUACCAUGACGCAAGAAGAGCUUGACAGCUUGCAACGCUUGCAGGACGAACAGAAGCACAAGAUCGAUGAGAUAUCUCAUUUCUUGGCACCCCUCUCACCUUCAGGACGAGUACCUGGCGUCGAUGAGGCUGGCAACCCAACAACCGUCUCGCCUGAAGCAAGCGGCAGCUACUUUCCCGACAUGACAGAUAACAUGGACAUCGAGCAGUUCUUGGAUUCGAGUGCAUUCGGGGCUUUCGACGCAAGCGGCACGGGGGGCUCCGCAGACGACUUCAACUUCAGCCUGGACGCCAACUACGACGGGUCUACCCCAGUUGCUGCAUAUUCAUUGGCAGCGCCCAUCACCGAGUCCCACAGCAAUACACCCAGUUCGGCGGCGACGGAAGAGUAUGUCAUAAGAAAAGACUUUGCAGAGAAUGACGGCUCCGCCGUAGGUCCAGAUGCGAAACGGAGGCGGAUGGGUUAAGCCCAGGGAAUCGAGUUAAAUCAGUGUGACUCAUUAAGUCGUGUGUCUUUUUGUGAUGGGGGUUCAUACACAUGUUUGGGGUUCUUGGAAGACAGGUUCUACUUUUUGUUUCUCUUGUGAGAUAACCUGAAUUUUUUUUUUUUUGAAUGCUCCGGCGAGGGCUUUACGUUUUUUUUUUAUCCAGACUUGUUUGUAGCGUAUCGACGGUAUGGUACGCGGGUUCUACUUUGCUUUUACAUCACACUCGGCGUUGGUGGUACGGAUAUAUUUGGGUUUACAUUACCUUCGUUUGGGUGGCGGUAGCUCUUGUCAAAACAACUUAUGGGGUCUGUGUUAAAGGUACAUCGGUCACCCCGUACUUAUUCUAGACGGUACAAACAAAACUAGCAUGAAAGAAGGUACUUUUCUGUGCUGUCUAUUGGAAUUCUGUUCCGGGGCACAUAAUCGCAAUGGUAAUGACUUAACCGUCCGUUGGUCCACUUGGAAUUUUUGA